UCAAUUAACUGAAAUUUCACUCAACUAAUUCAAAGCUUCACCAAAUGGACCCAAAAUAACACCCACAAUAAACUGAACGACCCGAAACCGGCGAUUACCGUCGGAAUCGAGAGAUUCAUCAAACUUCGCUGGGAAAAAAUGGCACUGAGAGUAGAAUCCGACGAAUCGACAAACAUAGAUUCAUAUUCCUCGAAAUUCGGGACACCGGAAUCAUUAGAAGAAGUGCGAAAUCUCACUGACGUCGGAGCUAUGACUAGGCUUCUCCAUGAAUGCAUUGCUUAUCAACGGGGACUAGAUCUAGAACUCGAUACAAUACUUUUGCAUCGUACUGACCUCGAUAAACAGUUGUCAAGCUUGCAAAAAUCUGCACAAGUACUCGAUAUUGUUAAAGCAGAUGCCGAGCAUUUGUGUGCCAAUGUGAGUUCUACGUCAUUGCUUGCUGAUCAAGUAAGCGCGAAAGUGCGUCAGCUAGAUCUAGCGCAAUCGCGUGUUAAUGAUACGUUGCUGCGUAUUGAUGCGAUUGUUGAUCGGUCUCAUUGCCUUGACGGUGUGCGGAAGGCGCUUGAUUCGGAGGAUUAUGAAUCUGCUGCGGUUUUUGUACAGACAUUUCUUCAGCUUGAUGCGAAGUAUAAGGAUUCAGCUGCUUCGGAUCAGAGAGAGCAGUUGCUCGCUUCGAAGAAGCAGCUUGAAGGAAUUGUGAGGAGGAAAUUAGGGGAAGCAGUUGAUAAGCGUGAUCAUUCAAAGGUUUUGAGGUUUAUAAGGCUGUAUCCGCCAUUGGCAUUGGAGGAAGAGGGAUUGCAAGUUUACGUGGCGUAUUUGAAGAAGGUUAUUGCUAUGAGAUCGCGUAUUGAGUAUGAACAAUUGGUGGAAAUGAUGAGUGAUCACCGGGGAAAUGGUCAGAAUGAGGUUAAUUUUGUGUCAUGUUUGACGAAUCUGUUUAAAGAUAUUGUUUUGGCUAUUGAGGAGAAUGAUGAAACUUUAAGGAGCUUGUGUGGGGAGGAUGGUAUUGUUUAUGCAAUAUGUGAACUUCAAGAAGAGUGUGAUUCUCGCGGUUCGACUAUUAUAAAGAAGUAUAUGGAGUAUAGGAAACUAGCGAAAGUGACUUCGGAGAUUAAUUCUUACAAGAGUGAUUUGCUAUCUGUUGGAGUUGAAGGACCGGACCCUAGAGAGAUCGAAGUGUAUUUGGAGGAGAUAUUGUCUUUGACGCAAUUGGGUGAGGAUUAUACGGGGUAUAUGAUAUCAAAGAUUAGGGGCUUGAGUUCUGUUGAUCCUGAGUUAGGUCCUCGUGCCACGAAAGCUUUUAGGAGUGGUAAUUUCAGUAAAGUUGUGCAGGAUAUUACUGGUUAUUAUGUGAUCUUGGAAGGAUACUUUAUGGUUGAGAAUGUGAGGAAAGCGAUAAAAAUUGAUGAACUCGUGUUUGAUAGUCUCACAACUUCCAUGGUGGACGAUGUCUUCUAUGUUCUGCAGAGCUGUUGUCGAAGGUCCAUAUCCACUUCAAAUAUCAACUCUGUGAUUGCAGUUUUAAGCAGUGCUGUAAGUCUAUUGGGUGGUGAGUACAACGAGGCUUUGCAGCAGAAGAUCAGAGAGCCUAAUCUUGGAGCAAAGCUGUUCACCGGUGGUGUUGCUGUUCAAAAGACGGGUACGGAGAUUGCCACGGCUUUGAAUAAUAUGGAUGUGAGUGGUGAGUAUGCAUUGAAAUUACG